CAGCGGCCACUGAGGCUCUUCCUCGGAGCCCCGUGGAUGCUGCGGCGCGAACCCGGGACCAUGGCUCCCUAGAGCUGUCAGGCACGGGCGGGUGGGGACUGGACCGGCCAUGUCGGAAGUGACCCGGAGCCUCCUGCAGCGCUGGGGCGCCAGCUUCAGGAGGGGUGCCGACUUCGACUCGUGGGGGCAGCUGGUAGAGGCGAUAGACGAGUACCAGAUAUUAGCAAGACAUCUUCAGAAAGAAGCUCAGGCUCAACACAACAAUUCAGAAUUCACAGAAGAGCAAAAGAAGACCAUUGGUAAAAUUGCAACAUGCUUGGAAUUACGAAGUGCAGCUUUACAGUCCACACAGUCUCAAGAUGGAUUUAAACUGGAGGACCUGAAAAAACUAGAACCAAUCCUAAAGAAUAUUCUUACUUAUAAUAAGGAAUUCCCCUUUGAUGUUCAGCCUGUCCCAUUAAGAAGAAUUUUAGCACCUGGUGAAGAAGAGAAUUUGGAAUUUGAGGAUGAUGAUGAAGAGGGUGGUGCUGGAGCAGGGUCUCCAAACUCCUUUCCUGCUAGAGUUCCAGGUACUUUAUUACCAAGGUUGCCAUCUGAACCAGGAAUGACGUUACUCACUAUCAAAAUUGAGAAAAUUGGUCUGAAAGAUGCUGGGCAGUGCAUUGAUCCCUAUAUUACAGUUAGUGUAAAGGAUCUGAAUGGCAUAGAUUUAUCCCCUGUGCAAGAUACUCCCGUGGCUUCAAGGAAGGAGGAUACAUAUGUUCACUUUAAUGUGGAUAUUGAAAUUCAGAAACACAUCGAAAAAUUAACCAAAGGUGCAGCUAUUUUCUUUGAAUUCAAACACUAUAAGCCUAAGAAAAGGUUUACCAGCACCAAGUGUUUUGCUUUCAUGGAGAUGGAUGAAAUUAAACCUGGGCCGAUUAUAAUAGAACUAUACAAGAAACCCACUGACUUUAAAAGAAAGAAACUGCAGUUGUUGACCAAGAAACCACUUUAUCUUCACCUCCAUCAAACUUUGCACAAGGAAUGACCAUGGCAUGUAUAUCCUAAAACUUCUGUGAUCUGAACCCCUCACUGCAAAGUCAUGGUAGCACAUUGAUCCUUCAGUAGGCUCCUAGGAAACCAGCCCUCCUCAUGCCAAUAAAUGAAAAGUGUGAUCUGUUCUACAGCCACACCACAGAGAUGUUUACAGUCCAAGACAUCAAUGGAGACCAGGAGGACUGCACUCAUUCAUAAAGAGCUCCUUUAGCAUACAGGUUUUUCCACAGAUUUUUGAAACAGUCUUUGAUUUGUGAGUGAUUUGUGUACAUGGUAAAGGUUAAGUUUUAAAUUUAUUUACUACAGCAAUUAACACCAGAGCAAGCAGGAACACGCCUGGCUCCCCUGUGCAGGAUUUACUCCCCUAACUCAGCCCUGCUUCAGUGCACUCCUUUGAAUCCAUGUGUUUAUUUCCAGGUCUUUACUGCUUACAGUAAUUAUCUAAUGCAAGAGAAAUUUGCUAGGUACCAGAAUUGGUAAACUUGUAAAGAGUUUCUAUCAGGGAUGGCUCACCACUCACCACCACCAAGUGAUCAGUUACGGGGAAGCUGCAGAAGAAUUCAUGACUUUACCAUGAACAUAGUUCACAUCUCAUGGGGGGAGGCUUGUUUUCCAGAUUUCAGCAGCCCAUUUACCAAAUGACUUGAGGUAAAACUUAUCUGAAGAGCUGGAUUCUUUUUAAGUAUUUAAGGGAAUGGUGACCUAGGUUUCAUUUUUUCUUACUCAAAAGUUCUUCCUCUGCUAAGGGAUUCUAAAAUACAAGGUAUCUAGAGACUAUCCAAAUAAUUUUGAUUUUGUGACAGUGUUCAGCUGCUGUGAUGUGGUUGAAAUAACCUUUUGUAUGGUUCUAAGCUGUCUAGUCCAAAAAUGUUUGAAUUCAGUCAGUUCCCUAAAGAUACCUGCAGGAGUUGUUGCUGUUUUUCUGAAAACUGAUUGUGAAUCCUUGAAAAACCUGCAUACCUCUUACAGCAAUUUGUAUGCAAGUCUGGAAAGUUAUUCUAAAUUUUGUUUCUGAGAUAGAUAGCUAGGAUUACCAUUUAUUUUCUAUUAAGAUGUAUUAAGUCAUCUAAAUGAAAAGAUGCAGGUCAUUAGCUUAUAAUUUGAAUAUCUACAUAAUUUUUUUACUUAAUAAAGGAACAUAAAUAAAACCCAAGCAGACCUUUCAUAUACUUAAUAAGUGGGAUAUUUAAUACAUUCCUUUAAGGUCUGUUGUGUGCUUUAUGUGGACUAUAUGUAGUAUAUGCACAUACUUUCAUAUGCACUUAUAUAAUAAGUAAAAAAAAAAAAAUCCAGCACCGAGUGAAUGCAUUGUCAAUACUAGCUUUAUUUUUUAUUGUAUAAUCAGUCGUACCACUCAGCUCAUUUGCUUUCUGUACCACAUAAUUCUUACCAGUUGCAUAACAAUUUUAUUAGGUAAACUCCAACAAAAUAUUCAAUUUAUUCCCUUCUGUUUUAAGGGAUAUAAUAUUCUGUUUUCAGCUCUGUUUAGGUCAGUUUUGUUCAUGCUGGAUAGACAGUUUAUUUAAACUAUAUAAACCAUCAAUAGUUGAUAAAAUUUCUCUCCCUUUCCUCAAUCUUGAUUGGAUCAAUUCCAUGGCGGGGGGGGGGGAUAAUUUUCAUAUUCCUAUUAUCUGAGUUUAAAAGAGCUCUUGCAUUUGGAGCUACCAAAUAUCACAUUAUCUUCAAAUAAUGUAAAAUUCCCACAAGUGCUAUGAAGCCUCUGAGUAUUUGGUAAAUCUUAAUAAUAAGAAGAACUAAAAAUCAUUACUAAAAUAACUUCAAUUGAUGAAAAUGCAGUAAAAAUGGCAUUUUCUUUUCCUUCAGAUUAAGGAAGUGUGCAUACAAUGAAGUGAUAGUUUAUAUGAAAAAAGUAACAUUUCUGCUUCACAGGUGUGGUUUAGAAGCACCAGUGUCUGCCUUAGGAAGGCCAGCUGAAGAAGUUUAAGCUAAGUUUGACUGUGCUUCAGUUUUCUGGCGUAAGCACUUGUUAUUGCAGAAACACCAACUCUUAACUUAAACUCUGUACCAUUUGGUGUGUCCCACAUCUAAGCAAUUUAUAGUCUUGCUUUAUAUGAUGGAUUUUUUCACUGAUCUGAAGUAGUGAGCAGUAACUACACUGUACAUUUGUCUUUCCAAGAUAAAGCGCUGCUGAUUCACAAAUAAGAUGGCUUUGUGCAGUUGAAUGAAUUUUACAUGGUAGCACUAGCAAGUGAGCAAAUAAACAUGGUUGGAUGGGAUGACUACUAUAGUACAAUACAGUUACAAUUACUUUUUUUUGAAUGAAAUCUAAUGAUUUAAAAUAAAAAUGAUUUGUGAUAUUUCUACAGUGACACUCCAACCUUGGACUUUUCUGGGGAAAAAAUGGUGCAGCUAGUUGUAUGUGAUUUGAAAGUUUUAUGACAGUUGUGGAUUGGUUCAUAUUAAGCCAGGUUUGAGUUUUUCUAAAUUUCAUUGCUAUGACCAUGGGUUUUCCUGAAGAGCAUAUCAUAGAAAUUACUUAGGGGUAAAAGAGUUAUGGAAAGGGAAAGAGUUCUCAUUCUGCGUAAAUGAUUAGGUUGGAUUUAGCUUUGCUACUGUGAUUAUCUACCUAACUGGAAUCUGUAUCCAACUGGUGUUUACAGCUUUUUGACUCAGCAUUGUGUUACAUGUCCAGGUGUCAUAGGUAUUCAAAAUUUAUGUUUGUGGAUCAAGUAAUAAAACUUUUUGUUAUUUUACUAAUGUUAAAAAACAUGUCCUUUACUGUGAAGAACGGAAUAUCUUUAAAAAGAAAUUCUUCCACUUUUGAUGUUUUAAAGGGCUGGAGAACCAGUGUGUGGGAGGAUAUGAAAAAAUUAACUUUAUUCCUUAUAAUAGUGAUUAAAGUAUUUGGCCCUUUUCAUUUCUCUCAAAUGUAAUGUGAUAAUGUAAUGCCAUUAGUGUAACAGAUCCUUAAUUUCAAGUGUUAAAAGAACAAUCACUUCUUCCAUACUAAAGCUUUUGCACCUUUUAUAUGCCAUUCUUACUGGAGGCAAAAAAAAAAAUCAUGCUAAUGUAAUUUAAGAUGUGGAACUUAAAGAAAACAGGCAGGUCUCAAAAGUAAUAAAUAUUCCACUCUUAAGUUUCAGACUUGUAAUAGCUCAGUUACAAAUUCUAAAUCUUAACCUAUAUAACGUGUUGUAAGUAGUGUGCUUUGAAGUGCCUACAAACUGUCUCUUUUACUGAAGCAUUGUUUUAAGGUUGUAUGUUAAUGUGGUGGUCUGUAUGUAACACAGAUGCUUGUUACUGUUUACAAGUUUCAUCAUGCUAUAUUGAAUCAUUAGCAAAUAUGAUUUUCCCUGGGAUCCAUAUACUAUCACAGGGAGCCAAAACUGAGCUAUAUUUAAAAUCUAUGGUCAGGAUAGGAGUUAGCUAAGGGCUUUUUAAUGGCCUCUCAUUUUGAUGAGUUAACACCAACAUUAUCAAUCUAGAAUAUAGCUUUACACUAGUGAAUAAAAAAAAAAGUCAGCCCCCAAAAUAGUCAUCACAGUCUAUG